AUGGCGGCCGGAAUAGACCCGGAGACGGCGACGGAGCUGGUGAAGCGUGGCGCUACUCUUCUCCUUCUCGACGUUCCACAAUACACACUCAUUGGUGUGGAUACUCAGAUGUUUUCUACGGGGCCUAAUUUUAUGGGUAUCAAGAUGGUUCCCCCUGGUAUUCACUUUGUUUACUAUAGCUCAUCUAACAGGGAAGGCAGUGAUUUCUCACCAAUUGUGGGAUUUUUCGUGGAGGCCAAGCCCUCUCAGGUGAUCAUUCGGAGAUGGAACCAAAAUGAGGAGCGGUUUGUGAAACUGUCCGAUGAAGAGGAGGAGAGAUAUGCAGAGGCAGUGAAAAGGAUGGAGUUUGACGGGAAAUUGGGUCCUUAUGACCUUGCUGCUUAUGGAGAUUGGAAGCGAUUAUCCAAUUAUAUUACUAAAGACACCAUUGAUCGCAUUGAGCCUAUUGGUGGAGAAAUUACGGUUGCAUCUGAAGCUGACAUAUUUGGAGGCAAUUCUAAGACAACGAUGGAGAAAGCUUUAGAUGAGCAAUUAAAGGGUGGAAAGUUCUCAAAGAAAGGUGAAAGUUCUCAGAAGAAAAGCUGUUAUUACACCAAAAUUCCUCGAGUUAUCAAGCAUACGGGAAUUAGAGGACAGGAAUUAACUGGUUUGAAUCUUGACAAGACUCAACUGUUGGAGAACCUAUUGAUUAAUGAAUAUGGUGGUGUAGAAGAUUUGCUUCUAGCAGAGCUGCAGUUUGCUUUUAUUGCUUUCCUGAUGGCACAAUCACUUGAAGCAUUUCUGCAAUGGAAGAGCUUAGUUAGCCUCUUAUUUGGAUGUACUGAAGCUCCGCUGCAUACCAGGAGUCAGCUUUUCACCAAGUUUAAUAGAGUUGUCUAUUAUCAGUUGAAAUUCGGAUUUCAGAAGGACCAGCAGCAUAACUCUGUCUCACAACAAGGGGCUUUGCCUUUAUUGGAUGAAUCUUUCUUGUCUGCUGAUAGCUUUCUACACCACCUUUGCAAGGAUUUCUUUUCCCUGGUGCUGGAAGCCUCGGUGAUAGAUGGAGACCUUCUGUCUUGGACCAGAAAUCUUAAACAAUUGCUUGAGGAUUCUCUGGGAUGGGACUUCCAGGAGAAAAGUGCAGUCGAUGGAAUGUUCUUCGAAGAUGACGAUGAGUAUGCUCCAGUUGUUGUUGAGAUGCUUGACGAGCCAAUUCACGAUGGUGCUUAG